AUGACCAAGCUCCAACCCCGAACCCACAACCCACACGACAUCCCUCCCCUCCCAAACUUCACCCGCCACAUAACAUCCCACAACCCCAACGGCAAGGCCAUAGUCCACAGCUCAACCGAAAGCACCUGGCAAAACUACGAUAACGACAGCCUCCGCUUCAGCGUCGCCUACACCACCUCCCAAUUCCCCGCGGACCUGAACGCCGACGCCGACAUCGCGGCCCACGAGUCCCUGAUGGCAACUGGUUCCAUGGGACUUGUCAGUCCGAGUGGGACGGUCUGUCGGGUUGUGGACUUUGCGCCCGUGAAGCCGGGAACACAUGGCUUGAUGCAUCGGACGCAGAGCCUGGAUUAUGGGAUUGUGUUGGAAGGGACAAUUGAGAUGUGGUUAGACUCUGGGGAGAUGAAGGUGAUGAAGAGGGGGGAUAUUGCGGUGCAGAGGGGGACGAUGCAUGAGUGGAGGAACCCGAGUGAGACGGAGUGGACGAGAAUGAUGUUUGUGUUGCAGGCGACGAAGCCUUUGAAUGUUGGGGGGAGUGUGUUGGGGGAGGAUUUAGGGGUUCAGACGGAGAUUAAGCCUAGUGCGAGUGUUCUUUGA